AGAGUGGGAGAGUCUGAUUACAGGGAAGGGAAAGCUGUAAAAUUAGUGUUGGGCUCUCACUCGGCCCCUUGUGCUCGGGGACAGUGGGGUGUUACUGAGGCUCUGCAGACUCUGCUGCAACGAUGUCCCGGGGGAGAAUUCCAGCAGAAGACAAACAGAUGGACGAGUCCAUGCGCUCCUUCGCCGAGAAGAUCUUUGCCUCCGAGGUGAAAGAUGAGGAGGUCAAGGGGGAAAUCUUCGAUGUGGAGGAGACCUCCCCCAUCUCCUGGCAGGAAAUGAAGGUGCACAUGAUGCUGCAGGAGAGAAGUGGCACCACGGAGAAGCGGAAGAAGCACCAUCUCCGCUUGAAGACAGUUGCGUUGGCACUGCCCUCGGUUCAGAAGUCUGUCAGCAGCCUGUCUGCCAUGGAUGAGGUCAUCUCCACCUCCCCCCUGUACCAGACUGUGCCUACCUUCCAGAGGGUCCAGAUCAGUGGGGAUUAUGCCUCUGGGGUGACAGUGGAAGAUUUUGAGGUUGUCUGCAGAGGUUUGUACCGUGCCCUGUGCAUCCGGGAGAAGAACAUGCAGCGCUCUCUGCAGAGGUUCCCCAAGACCCCGGCCCAGUACCUGCGUGCCAUCGAGGGCGAGGCCUGGAGGCCCAGUGACACUGGCCCAGUGUUCAACCCGCCAGUGAAGGAUGGACAGGAUCCCUUUGAAACUGGGAAUCUCCCCGAGGACCUGGGAUACCACGUCCAGAUGAAGGAAGGGGUAGUUUAUGUCUAUGCUGACAAGGCAGCAGCUGAGAGGAACGAGCCAAAGGACCUGCCCUACCCCAGCCUCGAGGACUUUGUGGAUGACAUGAACUUCCUCUUGGUCCUGAUUGCAAAGGGGCCUGUUAAGACCUACACUCACCGGCGCCUCAGGUUCCUCUUGUCCAAGUUCCAAGUGCAUGAAAUGCUCAAUGAGAUGGAGGAGACGAAGGAGCUGAAGAACAACCCGCACCGGGACUUCUACAACUGCCGGAAGGUGGACACGCACAUCCAUGCUGCAGCCUGCAUGAACCAGAAGCAUCUGCUGCGUUUCAUCAAGAAAUCCUACCACGUGGAUGCCGACCGCGUGGUCUACAACGCCAAGGGCAAACAGCUCACCCUGAAACAGCUCUUCGAGCAGCUCAAUCUACACCCCUACGACCUGACAGUGGAUUCCCUGGAUGUCCAUGCUGGCCGACAGACAUUCCAGCGCUUUGACAAGUUCAACGACAAGUACAACCCCGUGGGGGCCAGCGAGCUGAGGGAUCUCUACCUGAAGACAGAGAACGCCAUCAACGGCGAGUACUUUGCCACCAUCAUCAAGGAGGUUGGCUCCGACCUGGAGGAUGCCAAGUACCAGCACACGGAGCCUCGGCUCUCGAUCUACGGGCGGUCAAAGGAGGAGUGGGCCAAGCUGGCCAGGUGGUUCAACACCCACCGGGUCUAUUCCCCCAACAUGAAGUGGAUGAUCCAAGUACCCAGGAUUUAUGAUGUGUUCAGGUCUAAGAAUUUCCUGCCCAGCUUUGGGAAAAUGCUGGAAAAUAUCUUUGUUCCUGUGUUUGAGGCAACUGUCAAUCCUCAAGCCCACAAAGAGCUGAGUGUCUUUCUACGCCACAUCACUGGCUUCGACAGUGUGGAUGAUGAGUCCAAGCACAGUGGACACAUGUUCAGCACCAAAAGCCCAAAGCCAGAGCAGUGGACUUCUGAGAAGAACCCAUCUUACACCUACUACGUCUACUACAUGUACAGCAACAUCCUGGUGCUGAACAACCUGCGCAGGCAGCGUGGGAUGAACACGUUCCUGUUCCGCCCGCACUGCGGCGAGGCCGGGGCCAUCACACACCUGCUCGCAGCCUUCAUGACAGCAGAUAACAUCUCCCAUGGCCUCAACCUCAAGAAGGUCUUCAAGCUCAGCACCUGUGACAUGUGUGAGAUCGCCAGGAACAGCGUCCUGCAGUGUGGCCUGUCCCACGAGGAGAAAGUCAAAUUCCUGGGCGAAAACUACCGGGAAGAGGGGCCCGAAGGCAACGACAUCCGGAAGACGAACGUGGCCCAGAUCCGCGUGGCCUAUCGCUACGAGACCUGGUGCUACGAGCUCAACCUCAUCGCCGAGGGGAUGAAGAACGAAUAGGCAGAGGGUGGGAGAGCGGGGUCGGGGCUGUGCCGGACUCUGAGGG